CAGCUUUUUCUGGUUUCUUUUAGCAAUCUCAUGAAAUAGAAUGAAUUUCGUCAAGGGGUUCAGAUUCCACCCAACUGAUGAAGAACUCAUCGAGUAUCUGCAUAUCAAAACCUUCGACCCUGAUUCUGUUGUCCAAGUUAUUGCUGAAGUCCAAGACAUCUGUGAGUCAGAGCCUUGGGAAUUACCUGGGCGUUCGACUUUGCAGACUGGGGAUCGGUUGUGGUAUUUCAUGUACCCCCCAAAAUACAAGUACCGCAAUAGUAAGUUAAUUAGCAGGACCACCCUGGUUGGGUAUUGGAAACCUACCGGCAAUGCUCGAAAAAUAAUUAAUCCUGACACUGGAGAGGAGAUUGGCAGCAAGAAGACCUUGGUUUUCCAUAAAGGCCAAUAUAAUGAUAAGAACAAAAACAGGACUCCUUGGGUUAUGCAUGAGUACGAACUCAAGGUUACUCCUAAGGCAACUGAUUUUGACCAAAAAACUUUCAAACUUUGUAAACUGAAGAAAAAGGCCGAUGUUUCAAGCGGUGAAGCUAGUGAAUCAACUCAGCAUUCUCUUUCUAAUGUAGAAAAUCAUGUAGCAAACAAUGUAACGUCAGAGGUUAGAUGCUUUAUGAGAAUAUAUUUCUUUUUUCAGUCAGUUUUCCAUGUCGGUUAUGAUGAGCAUGUUCACAACUAUUGUUUAUUUUUCUAUUAUCAGGACCCCCUAGACCCGAAUGGGUCAUAUGAGCCAGAAGCAUCUAACGACCAUGACGGUGUUCAUAAUCAUUGCAGCAGCGUUGAGACGUAUGCUGGAAAGAUAAGCAAUCAACAUAACAUGGUUAAUGAGGGUGAAAACUCUAAUUUAUCAUCUAAUGUCGUAAAUCAUGUUGCAGAGGAUGCCGUUCUAAAAGAACCCUUAUACCUCAAAGAGGUGUCAACAGAAGGAAGUGGACCCAAAGACAAUAGGAGGGUUCAAAAUCUGUAUAGCACCAUUGAACAGAAUGAUAAGUCUUCGAAUUCAGUUCUCACUAACCAUGAUGAAACUGUCCCUACAGAAGCUGAGGGCUUCAAAGUGCCUUUUAAUUUAGAGCAUCUUGCUGAUGGGGAUUUAAUUCCAACGGUAAAAUCUGUUUUUCUUAAUCAUUUAUUGGUUCAUAUUAUAGGAAAGAUACAAAGAAGUAAGCUGUUUUUGUCCAUUUUUCAGGAACUGUUAUACGAUUUAGGAUUAUCACUUGAUGAGUUAUCGCCGGAGCCAGAAGCAGCUAAUAAGUCUAAUUGGAUUCAAGAAAGAAAUACACAACAGUGCUCGGCUACUUACAAUGAAGACUUUGGCUUGCCCUGCAUAGGCGUGAUGAUGGAAUCAUCCAAUUCGAUGGAGAAAUCUACAAAAAGGCCACGCCUUCAGUAUGAUGGAUUACACCAUCAUGUAGAAACAGGGGAGGCUCAACCUUGGGGAGAAGAAUACCUCUGUAAAAGCCAAUCUAUACAAACUGAUUCUUGCAACAGAAGGGUCACCACUCAGAUUGGAGGAAGCAUCACAUACCAGUAAUAAGAA